CUAUCAUCAUCAUAUCCCCCUUCCCUUUCCCCGACUGUUUCUCUCGACCACAUCUGCAAUUGAUCUCUUCACACAUCUCUCUCCUCUCAUAUACUAGAUAAUCAGUAAUUGAACUCAAUAUGUUCUCCCGCCAGUGCUCCCGUCUCGUCUCCUCCCGCACCGCCAUCCCUCUGACUUCCUUUCUUGCCCGCGGCCGUCCGUUCUCCGCAACCGCAACCUCGGCAUAUGAGCACAUCCUCACCUCGACUCCCAAGCCGGGAGUAGGACUGAUUACCCUCAACCGCCCCAAAGCCCUCAACGCGCUCUCCAGCCCACUCUUCGAAGAACUCAACGAUGCCCUAACCACCUACGACACGGACAAGGACAUCGGUGCGAUCGUGAUCACCGGCAGUGAGAAAGCCUUCGCAGCCGGCGCCGACAUCAAAGAAAUGGCCCCCCUAACCUUCUCCUCCGCAUACAGCAACAAUUUCAUCGCCCCGUGGUCGCACCUCGCCAACGCAAUCCGCAAGCCCGUCAUCGCCGCCGUCUCCGGCUACGCCCUGGGUGGCGGUUGCGAACUCGCCCUCAUGUGCGACAUCAUCUACUGCACGUCGACCGCGACCUUCGGACAGCCUGAGAUCAAAUUGGGGGUAAUCCCUGGAGCGGGCGGGUCGCAGCGGCUCACCAAGGCCGUGGGGAAGAGUAAGGCCAUGGAGUUGAUUCUGACGGGGAAGAACUUCAGUGGAAAGGAGGCGGGUGAGUGGGGGGUUGCGGCGAGAGUGGUGGAGGGGGGUAAGGAUGAGGUGGUGAAUGUUGCGGUUGAGACGGCGGAGACGAUUGCGGGUUAUUCGAGGGUUGCGGUGGUGGCGGGUAAGGAGGUGGUGAAUAAGGGAUAUGAGGUUGGGUUGAGGGAGGGGGUGGAGUUUGAGAGGAGGUUGUUUCAUGGGUUGUUUGGGAGUAGGGAUCAGAAGAUUGGUGAGUUUGCUUCUUUCUUUUCUUUGGAAGGUGGUUGAUGCUGACGGUGGUAGGCAUGACGGCGUUUGCGGAGAAGAAGAAGCCGGAGUGGUCGAAUGAGUAAGUGGAUUGGAUAGUAUGAUGGGUUGGUCUUGGAGAUGUCAUGAGGAACCUGCCAAUUGUCAAAGUAGUAACAUCAAGCCCACCUAACGACUCAGUAAGCAUGAGAAUGAAUCAUUAAUCGUCUAUGUUCAUUAUUAGCGGUCUCUAUGUACAUUAUUAUAUUAAUUGUUAUUACAAAAGGAGCGUCAUUCAUCAUUGCGGUGA